GUGGCUUUACAUACAGUAUAAAUGAAUGCUUGAAUUGUCCUAAUUUAUUGGGGAGCAGAUUGUUUUAAAAAUCCUGAUUAACCUUUUUAGAUCCAGGUAACUGCUGUCAUUGCAGUGCAAUGCACACCUGGAGCCUGGCUUGGCUCCUGCUAAGUGUGCCUAUCCAAAAGGAGUCUGGCAUGGUGCAGCAUGUAAGCAACCUGGCAAGCAGUUUGUUGAGGUUGAUCUCUGUUUUGAUUAACAGGCAGAUGGUUGACCACUCUGAGUUGUAGACCAUGGGGCUGUUACAGCUAUAAUGUUAAUGGAGUCAAUAUUUGAGCCUAGCGCAAGCUUAUCUCAGCCAUGAUGCUUUCAUGGAAGUUUUCCUUGACUCUUUCCCACCUGGUUUGAAUGUGUCAGCAUGAUGGUGAUUUUGUUAAACUGCGUUACCCUGGGGAUGUACCAGCCGUGUGAGGAUAUGGACUGCCUUUCUGACAGGUGCAAAAUCUUGCAGGUGUUUGAUGAUUUCAUCUUCAUUUUCUUUGCCAUGGAAAUGGUCUUAAAGAUGGUGGCCCUGGGGAUCUUUGGCAAGAAGUGUUACCUUGGAGAUACCUGGAACCGCCUGGAUUUCUUCAUCGUCAUGGCUGGGAUGGUGGAGUACUCCCUGGAUCUCCAGAACAUUAACUUGUCUGCAAUCCGUACUGUCCGCGUCCUGAGACCCCUGAAAGCUAUCAACCGUGUGCCUAGCAUGCGCAUCCUUGUGAACUUGCUCCUGGACACCUUGCCCAUGCUGGGGAAUGUCCUUCUUCUCUGCUUCUUUGUCUUCUUUAUCUUCGGCAUCAUUGGGGUGCAGCUGUGGGCUGGGCUGCUCCGCAACCGCUGCUUCAUGGAGGAGAACUUCACAAUACAAGGUGACAUUGUCCUUCCCCCUUAUUACCAGCCUGAGGAAGAUGAUGAGAUGCCCUUUAUCUGCUCACUGUCAGGAGACAAUGGAAUUAUGGGCUGUCAUGAGAUACCCCCACUGAAAGAGCGGGGCCAUGAAUGUUGUUUGGACAAGGAUGAUUAUUAUUACUACAACUCGGUCCGGCAAGAGUUCAACAUCAGUGGCAUGUGUGUCAACUGGAACCAGUACUACAAUGUGUGCCGUACAGGCAAUGCCAACCCACACAAGGGUGCCAUCAACUUUGACAACAUUGGGUAUGCCUGGAUUGUGAUAUUUCAGGUUAUCACACUGGAAGGGUGGGUGGAGAUCAUGUAUUAUGUGAUGGAUGCCCAUUCCUUCUACAAUUUUAUCUACUUUAUCUUGCUGAUAAUCGUGGGCUCCUUCUUCAUGAUCAAUUUGUGCCUGGUGGUCAUUGCCACACAGUUCUCAGAGACCAAGCAGCGGGAGCACCAGCUGAUGCAGGAACAGAGGGCCCGGUAUCUCUCCUCCAGCACUGUUGCCAGCUACAUGGAGCCAGGAGACUGCUAUGAGGAGAUCUUCCAAUACAUCUGCCACAUCAUGCGCAAAGCCAAACGCCGCACCCUUGGGCUGUAUAACAGCAUACAGAGCCGGCGCCAGGGCCAUGUGCAGCCAAGCAGUGCCAAGCUAGGCAUGAACAGGAAAAGCCAGAGGCACUACAGGCUUUGCCAGCAGCACAACUCUCUUGACUGCCCUCCUCAGGGCUUUGUCCAGCCCAUUGCUGUGACAGCAACCUCUGAUCCCACCAACUGCCCCCGAUGCCAUAGGGUGGAGCAUGAAGCAUCCCGAAGGCUCUCUGUCCUGGAUAACACUGACUCAGAGCAGGAGGACGGAGGAGCCAGCAAAGAAGAGGGAGAGGGCAGCAGAGAGGACCAGGGUGCCUCGGUGCUGGAGAAGGAGGAGGAGGAGGUGGAAGAAGGUGGACGGCUGAAGCUCUGCAGUGAUAUGUGGCGAGAAGUGAGGAUCAAGCUUCGAGUGAUUGUGGACAGCAAGUACUUCAACCGUGGGAUCAUGAUUGCAAUCCUAGUGAACACUAUCAGCAUGGGCAUCGAGCACCAUGAGCAGCCAGAGGAAUUGACCAACAUCUUGGAGAUCAGCAACGUUGUCUUCACGAGCAUGUUUGCCCUGGAGAUGAUCCUGAAACUUGCUGCUUUUGGUCUCUUUGAUUACCUCCGCAACCCCUACAACAUCUUUGACAGUAUCAUCGUCAUCAUCAGCAUCUGGGAGAUCAUUGGCCAGGCAGAUGGGGGGCUCUCUGUGCUGAGGACUUUCCGUCUCCUGCGGGUGCUGAAGCUGGUGCGUUUCAUGCCCGCACUGCGCCGACAGCUUGUGGUGCUGAUGAAGACUAUGGACAACGUAGCCACCUUCUGCAUGCUCCUCAUGCUCUUCAUCUUUAUAUUCAGCAUUCUGGGAAUGCACAUAUUUGGUUGCAAGUUCAGCCUCAGGACAGACACAGGAGAUACAGUUCCUGAUCGGAAGAAUUUUGACUCCCUGCUGUGGGCCAUUGUCACCGUCUUCCAAAUCCUAACCCAGGAGGACUGGAAUGUUGUGCUCUAUAAUGGCAUGGCCUCCACCUCACCAUGGGCAUCCCUCUACUUUGUGGCUCUCAUGACAUUUGGCAAUUACGUCCUCUUCAAUCUGCUGGUGGCUAUUCUUGUGGAAGGGUUCCAGGCUGAGGGCGAUGCCAACCGGUCAUACUCAGAUGAAGAUCAGAGUUCAUCAAACAUGGAUGAGUUAGAUCAGUUCCAAGAGGCCGAGGAAGGCUCAGAUCCCAAGCUCUGUGCAAUUCCUGUGACACCUAAUGGUCACUUGGACCCAUCCUUGCCCUCUUCCAACCCACCACUGGCUGCUGGGGAUGUCACCAACUCUUCGCGCAAUUCCCUGCAGCCUGACCAGAUCCAUGUUGCUGUCAGCUCCCGGAAGAGCAGUGUGAUGUCCCUGGGGAGAAUGACCUACGACCAGCGAUCCUUGUCCAGCUCUCGCAGUUCCUACUAUGGUGCCUGGGGCUGCAGUGGAGCCUGGGGGAGUCGUCGCUCCAGCUGGAACAGCCUGGCCAGGGGACACAGCCUGAAGCACAAACCUCCCUCUGCUGAGCAUGAAUCCCUCCUGUCUGGGGAAAGACACAGGGUGGCAGAUGGGGACCCAGAUAGGACGGGAAGGGUGUUUCAUCACCGCCGGACCCUCUCGCUGGACAACAAAGGCUCCUGUGACCUGCUGGAGUUGGCCUCUGUCCCAUCUGGCCACAGAGUGACCCAUAAGCUGGGAGCAGCAUCUGGGGCUGGUGAGCAUCAAGACUGCAAUGGCAAAAUGCCCAGUAUUGCCAAAGAGAUCUUCCCAAAGAUGAACAACCGCAAGGAACGGGGAGAGGAUGAUGAAGAGAUAGAUUAUACCCUGUGCUUUCGCAUCCGGAAGAUGAUGGAAGUCUAUAAGCCAGACUGGUGUGAGUUACGGGAAGACUGGUCCAUAUAUCUCUUCUCUCCGCAAAACAGGUUUCGCCUCCUCUGCCAAACGGUCAUUGCUCACAGGCUCUUUGACUAUGUUGUGCUGGCCUUCAUCUUCCUGAACUGCAUCACCAUUGCCCUGGAGAGACCACAGAUUGAACACAGAAGUACGGAGAGAAUCUUUCUCACUGUGUCCAACUACAUUUUCACAGCAAUUUUUGUAGCUGAAAUGACACUGAAGGUAGUCUCUCUAGGCCUGUAUUUUGGGGAUCAGGCUUACCUCCGCAGCAGCUGGAACAUCUUGGAUGGCUUCUUGGUCUUCGUGUCUCUCAUUGACAUUGUGGUCUCAGUGGCCUCUGCUGGCGGAGCCAAAAUCCUGGGGGUGCUGCGAGUCCUCCGGCUGCUGCGUACUUUGCGUCCCCUCCGAGUUAUCAGCCGAGCCCCUGGCCUGAAGCUGGUGGUGGAGACGCUCAUUUCUUCCCUCAAGCCCAUAGGAAACAUUGUCCUCAUUUGCUGUGCUUUCUUCAUCAUCUUUGGCAUCCUGGGCGUGCAGCUCUUCAAAGGGAAGUUCUACCACUGCCUGGGAGUCGACAUCAGGAACAUCACCAACCGGUCUGACUGCGUGGCCGCUAACUACAAGUGGGUUCACCACAAAUAUAACUUUGACAACCUGGGACAGGCUCUGAUGUCCCUCUUUGUUCUGGCUUCCAAGGAUGGCUGGGUCAAUAUUAUGUAUAAUGGACUAGACGCUGUGGCUGUUGACCAGCAGCCUGUGACCAACAACAACCCCUGGAUGCUCCUCUACUUCAUAUCCUUCCUCCUCAUUGUCAGCUUCUUUGUGCUUAACAUGUUUGUGGGGGUGGUGGUGGAGAACUUCCACAAGUGCCGGCAGCACCAGGAGGCUGAGGAAGCACGCCGUCGGGAAGAGAAGCGCCUGCGCCGCCUGGAGAAGAAGCGAAGGAGUAAGGCACAGCCUAAGUGUUUGGUCGAGGCGCAGCGUUUGCCGUACUAUGCUACCUACUGCCCCAUACGCCUCCUUAUUCAUUCGGUCUGCACCAGCCACUAUCUGGACAUCUUCAUCACUUUCAUCAUCUGCCUCAACGUGGUCACUAUGUCCUUGGAGCACUACAACCAACCUGUGUCCCUGGAGACCGCCCUCAAGUACUGCAACUACCUGUUCACCACUGUCUUUGUCUUCGAGGCAGUUCUCAAGCUGGUGGCAUUCGGUCUGCGGCGAUUCUUCAAAGACAGGUGGAACCAGCUAGAUCUGGCCAUUGUGCUGCUAUCUGUCAUGGGCAUCACACUGGAAGAGAUUGAAAUCAAUGCUGCUCUCCCAAUUAACCCCACUAUCAUCCGGAUCAUGAGGGUGCUGCGUAUCGCACGGGUCCUGAAGCUACUGAAGAUGGCCACAGGAAUGCGAGCACUGCUGGAUACGGUUGUUCAAGCCCUGCCACAGGUGGGAAACCUUGGACUCCUUUUCAUGCUCCUCUUUUUCAUCUACGCUGCUCUAGGAGUGGAGCUCUUUGGAAAACUGGUAUGCAAUGAUGAGAACCCCUGUGAGGGCAUGAGCCGUCAUGCCACCUUUGAGAACUUCGGGAUGGCCUUCCUCACACUCUUCCAGGUGUCCACAGGCGACAACUGGAAUGGAAUCAUGAAGGAUACUUUGCGUGACUGCAGCCACGAUGACCGGAGCUGCCUCAGCAACCUGCAGUUCAUCUCCCCACUGUACUUUGUCAGCUUUGUGCUCACAGCCCAGUUUGUCCUCAUCAAUGUGGUGGUAGCUGUGCUCAUGAAACAUCUUGAUGACAGCAACAAGGAAGCCCAGGAGGACGCAGAGAUGGAUGCUGAGAUUGAGCUGGAAUUUACACAUGGGCUGUGCUCCCGCUCCCGCAAGUCAGGCUCCCCAAAUUCAGGACAGGGAAAAGGAGCAGGAACAGGAGGAGGCGGUGGGAAAACAGAUCCUGAAGGACGUCUGUGCAUGAGGUGUUACUCUCCAGCACAGGAGAACUUAUGGCUGGACAGUGUCUCUUUAAUUAUUAAGGACUCCUUCGACGGGGAGUUAAUGAUCAUCGAUAACCUAUCGGGCUCCGUCUUCCAUCAUUACUCCUCGCCGGCCAUGUGCGAGAAGUGUAACCAUGACAAGCAAGAGGUCCAGCUGGCCGAAAUGGAAGCAUUGUCUCUCAACUCAGACAAGUCCUCUUCCAUCCUUCUAGGAGAUGAGUCAGACAACCACAGCACUUCUCAGCUGAGCCCUAAGGACACGAAGCAGGAUGGCCAGGACAGCCCUGACUCCAAUGGAGUAGGCAAUGUGGGGGAAUGCCUGCUGCCAUUAUCCAGUGCAGAUGGUUCUACAAACCCAGACAGUUACCUGUGUGAAAUGGAGAAAGCUCCUUUCAACUCAGUCCAGUCUUGGCUAAAGCACGAAAGUACCAAAGUCCCUCCCAGCCCCUUCUCUGCAGGUGCAUCUUGCCCAGUGUUGCCAGUACCACCAGAAUUUUUCCACCCAGCUGUCUCUGCCAACCAAACAGGGCCUGAGAAAGUCUCGUGUCCACACAACCUUCCUAAGAUCUCUCUGCAAGGCUCCUGGGCAUCACUGAGAUCUCCGAGUGUGAAUUGCUCACUUCUUCAUCAGGCCCCCGAGAGCGACACCUCGCUGGACAGCCACAGCAGCAGCUCCGCAGGCAGCCUGCAGACCACACUGGAGGACAGCCUCAACCUCAGCGACUCUCCCCAGUGCACCCUGGACCUCCCGGUGGCUCUGUGCCCCGUGCCAGCUGCCACCAGUCAAAGACCCCUGGCAGCCCCCCUCUCCCCUGCCUCCCGUCACCGGAGCCUGCGGGGCCGGGGGCUCUUCAGCCUGCGAAGCAUCUGCCGCCACCAGCGCAGCCACAGCAGCGGCGGGAGCACCAGCCCUGGCUGCACCCACCAUGACUCCAUGGACCCCUCGGAUGAGGAGGGGGUGGGCAGCAGCCUGCGGGGGGGUGGCAACAACAGCGAGCCCUCGGAGACCCUCAGCAGCCUCUCGCUGACCUCCCUGUUCUCGCCCCCGCCACCAGGGCUGACGCUGGUGAAGAAGUGCAGCAGCACCAGCAGCCUUCACGCCAGCCUCUCGCCCCGCCGUCCCUCUGCCCACCACGCCAAGCCCUUCUACACCGUUGACCCGCGGGGCUUCCUCUCAAUGCCCUCCUGGGUGACGGACUUCUGCAAGGACACCCCUUCGCCUGGAGAAGGAGAGGAGGCGGAUGGCCCCGGCAGACUGGGGACGGGGAGCCGUGGUUCUCCGCUCUCAUCUGAGCUGGAGCUGGGCGAUGGAGUCAGCAAGAGGAACAGAUGAGGGUCCCUGGGGCACAGGGAGGGAGCGUUCGGCCGCUGGUGUGGGGAAGCGUGUUUCACUGGCUUCUCACCAGCAGCAAUUCCAAAGGAUUUGCAAGAAAAAGAACCAGGCAAACAAAAAUAUAUAAAUAUAUAUAUAUACAUAAAUAUAUAUAUAUAUAGAAUAAAUACUCUGGUACCGUA